UCCCUGGUCUUAUGGUCCUGUUCUGAGCGCAGUCUGCUCUCGGUCUCCACGGACGCUCCUCUGUCUGGAUAUCGUAGCGCGUCUCUAUUUUUUUUGUUAUUCCUCCUUUGGAUUAUAUUCAUCUGAUGGUUUUCAACUCCAACUCGAUGCAUAGAAAUGGGUAAACUGCACUCGAAACAUGCUGCUAUUUGUAAACCGCGGGAGAGUCCAGAAGGCGACAGUUUUGUAGUGAAUGCCUGUUUGGCGAGGAAGGGAAUCGAUGACUGGCUCGUGAAGCAGAAAUACUACUGCACGAGCUCGCGCCUCGAGCAACAGGACUGUCACCACAAGAAUAACUGCGGGUUAACUGCACGGGACUCCAUGGAUGAAGCAUGUGCUGAGGGGAUUGGUAAUGAACACUAUCGUUUAGAAGUGGCUUUACCCCCGGAGAAGACAGACAGCUGCUGUGUGGAGGAGAAGAUGCAGGAGAGGGACAGCCAAUCUCCCGCAGGGCCUCAGAAACAGCUCCAGUUUGAAGAGUUGGAGUGCGCUGUGUCGGUGGAGGAGGAUAACAGGCAGGAGUGGACCUUCACCCUCUACGACUUUGACAACAGCGGCAAAGUUACGCGAGAGGAUAUCACCAGCCUGCUGCACACCAUCUACGAGGUUGUCGACGCUUCAGUCAACCAUUCUCCUGGCAGCAGCAAGACAUUACGUGUCAAGCUCUCUGUGGCUCCUGACUCCAGCCAGCGGUGGAGGAGCUGCACGCAGGGUGCCACAGACUUACCCCACCCAAGAGAGAAAAAUGACAAGUGCAUUGAAGACCCCAAGAGUGCAGAGAAGAAGUCUCGAGCACUCCUAAGGCGCCACCACAGUGACCACCACACCCAGCCUGGCUGCCAGCGCCACUGUGUGGAUGAGAACCUGGAACGCAGGAACCACUACUUGGACCUGGCAGGCAUCGAAAACUACACGUCCCGCUUCGGAGCCGCCCCUGCUGCAGAGAUGACUAAAGCAGAGCCUCAGGCCAGGUCAUCUAACCAGACUCGUUCUCGCUCCCAUGAACCAGAAAAUGGUCACUCCCAUCCCCAUCACCGCCGCUUACAGACUGUUGUGGACACCGUUGCUCCAGACAACCUCCACUCUGCCCGGCUGCGAGGCCAAGACUCAGGGAAACAUGCCCUCCGUUCUCCAAAGACACACAGCCGUACACCUCCUGCGCAGAUCAAUGGCAGAGUGAUGAGGAGCCGAGGUAUUCCCCCUCCUCCAGCUCUACCCAGUCAGACUCCUCCUCAUCAGUCUACAGCUCCGUACCGCAAACACAAGCAACGGUCCAAAGAGAGCCAGGGCUACCGAGCCUUAGGCCCUCUACCAGCACCUGGGCCAGUGGUGGAGAAAGAGCAGGUGAGGGACCUACCUAGCGUCCUGCUCUAUGAGGGGGGUCUGGCGCAAGUUGUGCAGCGGCAUGAGCAUCACCAUCACCAUGAACACCAUCACCACUACCACCAUUUUUACCAGUCCUGAAUUUCCAUCUUGCCUGGAACAGCUCAGCACUCCUGUAAGGCCACAAAACCCAUCCCGGUCAGCAGACACAGAGUGCAGGCUGCUCCCUCCUUAAACUCUGGGCAGUUACCCAUGUAGUGGCAUGCUGAUAGACAUUGAGGUGGAGAGGAGGAUCAUGGGACGGGUGCACAUACUGACAUGUUGUUAAUCAGUAUUAUUAAAGAGGUUGCCAAACAUAGAGAAGGUUGGGUAUGCAGCAGGAGACCACAGUACAGUAAUAUAAGACUAAGGAGCUUGAGGGUGGGGGGUUGAGAGGAAGCAAAGAGGAGCUGCUCACUUGUUCCUCUCGCCCUGGUUCUCUGAUCCUCUACUGGAUGAACUGUACAACUCCAAACCAGCACCACAAUCCUUCCAGACCACUAAGCCAAAAGGUUUUCAAGGAAAAGAGGGACAAGAGGAAGAGUGACAUUAAGAUGAAAACAUAUGAAGGAAUUUAAGUGAUUGCAGAGCAGGGUGCAGUGUGUGUGUGUGUGUGAGAGCGGAAUUUUGUGUGAAUGCAUGGGUAAACAAGGGUCUGCGUGUGCGUGUCUGAGUGUCAACACCGCUGUCUGCUGAAAACCACUUGAAGUGCACUCGUUUGUGUGUGAGUAUUUAAUGUAGGCUGUAGAGACGAUUAUGAAGAUUCUGAUUUAAGCAUACAACGCCCCGUCAGCAAAAAUGGGAAGGAAAAUGUUGAAAUGUUCUAAAGUGAAAAAGAAGAGCGAUCCUAAAUCCGCUGCUACCUCUAAUUUUAUCCUAAUUGUUGUUGUAAAGGUGACUUUGACUAAGUAUUCAGAGGUUAUUUUCAAUGUACUUUUGUCACAAUCUGCAGUACUGAAAUGUUGAAUAGCUCCUUACAUUUAUUAACUAACAUUUGCUGUACAUAAAGUAAAUAUUGCUGUCAAUUUUAUAAGCUUAAUUGAUAAUGUGAUAUCUUUGUAUUCACUAUCUGAAGCUCUGUGUUUUCCUUCACAACUGCAUUUUUAUUAAGACCACUAGCAGCCUCAUUGUUUUUUUUUUUAUCAAACUCUGUUAGUGAUCCAGUGUCACACACUCCUUCACACUGACUUUCAACUCUCACCCAAAUGUAACCUGUAAUCAUGGCAAGUGACUAAAAUCCCAACCCUCAACAGUGCUGUUCAGAAGCUCUAACUCAUGACACAAGCAAAGCUGAGUUGCCAGUGUUUUUAAAAUGUUAUGUUAUUUUAUGUUAUGUCCUGUGAUUUUUUUCAGACAGCAGUUAGCUUUUAGAAUACAUCUGGUCUAAAGAUCUCGAUGCGCUCCAAGAAGCUUUUUCUUUAUUUAAAUAUUUAAAAUGUUAGAGAUAAAUCACAUAGCUUUAGUGGCAUGUUUGCAUAAAUUGAAACCUUGUUACCAGCACAAGGUGGGUGCGUUCAUUCAUCACUGUGCAGCGUGGCCUUUAACAAGACUUAUUUACAGUUUAUUAUUUAUGCAGCAAAAAUGCUUUGCUGAGCAUGCAUGCAAUAUUUCCGAAGUGUUGUGUUUCGGCUAUUAGCAGAUACAGAUAUUCACACUCCCAGAAUUUGUUCACAGUUUUGCGCACUCUGGUUUUCUGUUUCCAAGUCUAGUUCUUUCCCCAAUUGGUAGCAGCUUUGUCAUCCUUGCCCAGGAUCGCACGGCUUCUCCCUCUGUUUCCAUGGCAUCUUCCUGUCCCUCAGCUGUCAGCAGGUCUUUCACCGUGCCGCCAUGUGGCCUCAGCGCUCAGCCAACAAGGCUCUGUUUGUGGUGCUCUUUCAGCUGUCUCAUUCCUCUAGUGCUGGAUGACAUGGGGCCCUGCAGUCUCCACUGCAGCCAUAAUUCACCGCUCACUGCUGCUGUCCUGCCAGCACCGGGGACUGUCUAUUCAUAUUGUCCCCUGAUGCCCGAGGGGACUAGCAUCACCAUACCUGUGCCAUCUCAGCUCUGACAGAAGCAGUAACCUACUAGCUGCUGAUAUGAGGGUGUUGAUUUCCUUAAU